GAUAUAUAUCGAUGAUCUCACCGUUCGCGGCAACGUUCCGACGGCUGCGGUGAGUGUGCUCUUUUCAAACAUGGGGAGGUUAUUCGCUUGAGGCAGUACUAUGUGGGAUUUCGGUAACCGCGGUGCCGUGGUGUUGAUAAGUGUGACGUGCGGGUGUAUAUUGGUAUACAACGCCUGGGGCGCUAUCCUGGCGCUGGCGUUCACGCUGCUCCUGGUGGUGUACGCGUGCUACUCCCUGCUCGCCAACGACAGUUUGAUAUCGCCGCACGCAUAUCACGUUCUCGGUUAUCUGCGGGAGGCGGUCUACGAGCUCGGUGCAGCGCUUCGCGUUGUUCACGGCCACAGUACCGGUUACGUGCGUAAGCUGUGGCAUAGUACGAGCCGUUAUUACCGCGAGCGUUUUCCUCCAUUCAGGAUGGAUAGACGACGCCCGAGCAAUUAUCAACUCAGCACUGACUUAUACACUGCCGCUGUCAAACGCGGUGAGUCGUCGCCGUUAACGUCGUCAUUGUCGUCGUCAUCAUCAUCGUCCAAAUUUGGCUUGAUCGAUCAAUUGAGCCCGAUCCCGUGCGUUUCCUACCGUACGCGCGUCGGUAAUGAUAUACUCGGGAUGGAUAGUAGAUUGUAUGCCGGUGAUUACGAUUAUACGCCGCAUCAACAACAGCAACCCGCUUAUGGCAGCAAGCAUACCUCCACGCCGGUUUUAAAAUCUGGCAGCAGAGAAGAGAACUCCAGGAAUGGUGAUGUCAAUCUGAUCUCACAGUCACGCGAGAUAUCCUCCAAGAAGACUCUGCCCCUGUACGCACAAAAUCAUUCACUAAGUCGCGGGGAAAAUAUCACACAAUUCAGUCCUGAAGGUUCUCCAUGGGGCAUGAGUAUUAGUCCCAAGAUGCGUCCUAGACCAGCUGGUGUUAAAACGGUCCAGACAGUUGCCGGACCAUUAUUAGCAUCGACGAGAUACAAUAUCGAUCCUAAGGUAUACACGGACGUAUCAUCCCCGGGUCUUACAACAAGGCUAACCAAGUAUGCUACAGAAGCAAAAAAUAAAUUAACUCAUCAAUCUCAAUAUGGCACUGGGCAAUUUCCAAAAGUUAAUCUCCAUGCAAAUCCGAUUCCUCUGUUGAAUGCAAAAUUGACGAAGAUGAGAAUGCCUGUAACAGUCAGAGUGGCACCACCAGAUGUAACGAAAUACUCUCCACCUGAAAAGCAAAAGAUUCUAUCUAAUAUUUGUCACAUGGAGAACAGAUCACCCACGAGUGUUGUUCAAGUCUUACGAGAGAUAUCGUUGAAACGACACGCAUCAACAGAAGAUGUUAGCUUUGAUGUCGCUAAGAAGCAGAGAACAGAAUUCUUCAAUGAGGAGCGAGAAACAAUUCUAGAGGAAAACAAGCAAAAACGAAGUAGAGAUGAGUCAUCUAAAUCGGAUGAGGAUCUUUCACCCCAAAGUAAAUCUAUCAGACCUGCCAAACGUACAAAGACACGAUCCUGUUUUGACAUUAUAAACUCUUUGAGUUCCAGCGCCCAAGUUGCUAGUGGAGUUAAAAGAAAAGCAGUUGAUUUCUCACGUAGUGGUACACCUGACUUCGAAAAGCACUUCAAAUCUCUGGAAAGUGCACGGUCUAGUAGCUCUCCUACUGUGUCACAAUCUCAAAAUUUAGAUAUAGACAUUAGUAAAUCUGAUCUUAACGAAAUAUAUUUAAAAAAUCCUGAGACUCUUAAUUCUAAGAAAACAGAGGAAUUUCCUCUAGUAAAAGGAAUACUGAAAUCAUCUAGUAAAGAAUUGAGGCUCAAUUUGGAUAAAACGGAGCCUGUUCAUAAAGACACAAAAAGUACCAAUGAAACUGAUACUAUUAAAUCUCUUACAUCGACAAAACCUAUUAAAUUGACGGAUAAAUUAUUUAUGAGAGCUGAACCCGAACGGAACGAACAAUUGAAAUCGCUUGUGGAGGAACCGAGUAAUAUAAAAGUCAGAUUCGCGACAGACAAUGUGGAAGAAAUAAAGAGAGAGGAUAUACGAAAUAUGAGGCAAAACAGUAUGAAAGCCAGACUUCAAAGUAUGUUUGAUGCAAUAUCAGGAAAAGCAGAGAAUAAAAUUAAUCCAGAUGUCGUAAUUCAAGCAGACGACGUUAAUACCGUUACACCUUCAGUCACACACCCGGUCAGUUGCGCAACUCUUAAUUCCUCGACAACUACAACAAAUAUAAAUACUACACCACUGUCUACCGCGGCCAUUGUACCAAGUGGUUUCUCUUCACCAAGACCCAGUGCGAAAAUCGAAAAGUCGGAUACAACUUUCAGUUUACCGAAAACGUCGCCAGUGCAAUUGAAUGUACCAGCAACAAGUAUUCUCAAGACAAAAGAAACAAAUUCGGUUGUUAAGGCGAAUGGAACUGCCGAGCAAAAGAAAGUUGUAUCAUUUGCGCCCGAAGUUACGAAAGCAGAGUCUUUAGAAAAAGUAUCUUCGAUUCCCAGUACGACAGCACCAACCUUUAGCCACAGUAAACCAGUUAUAGAAGCACCAGCUGCAACAUCGAAUAAUAAUUUGCCGAAUUUUAGCACUGGUUCAUACAGUAACAACACCUUUACGUCAGUUUCAUCAAAAUCUACUAAUUUCUUGAUAGUUAAUAAAGCACCAUCGAGUUCAGCAUUCGCACCGAUUAAUCCUAGCAGCACUACGGCUCAAGAAAAAAUUGAAACUAAUAAUGCAGUUACUACAAAUGCUAUCAUUAGUUCAUCUAUCAUUGGGAAUACUCAGACUACUUCUCUCUUUACUUUUGGUAGCAACAAACCCAUCUCAUCUCCUGUGACAUCCGCUCAAGUUACUGUACCAAAUUUGCCGUCUCAAUCCCCCGGGACGAUAUUACCAGUCAAUACAAAUACUGCAACUAGCAUCACCGGUUUUAACGUCGUAAAUAGUAGCACAUCGAACAGCGUUGUGACAAAGUCUGCAAGCGCACCUUUAUUCAAUUUUGGAAACAACAGUACUACUUUGCAAUCUUCGAAGUCAGAUAAUUUCAUAUUUGGUCAGUCCAAUAAUAACGUUCAACCAAAAAUGAAAGUUUUUGGAAAUCCAACGCAAGUUGUAAACAGCCAAGCAACGUCAUUGUCACAAGUUAUUGCAUCUACUACAUCUUUUAAUUUCGCACCCAACACUUCGAUAACAACUAUCGCAAAUAGCUCAUUUUCUACAAAUACCACAACUACCACAUCGAUAUUCGGACUAUCGAGCCCAUCUACGUUCUCCCUGGGCACGACGUCCGUUACUUCUUCAAUGCCUACUUUAUCUACUAGCAAAUCUCUGUUCCUUUUUGGUGCUUCCAAUACUUCAAGCACGACGUCUACAGCUAUAGCUCUACCAGCUACAACUGUUAACAGUACAACUAGUUUGAGUACGAUAAGCAAUAAUGCGAUUCCUACAUUUGGAGUGUCCACCCCUACUGCUGUUCCACAAUUUGGUGCAUCUACAACCACCACAGUUCCGCAAUUUGGCACAUCUACAACCACUAUUCCGCAAUUCGGUACAUCUACAUCCAUUUUUGCCACUACACCAAUUACAACGACAAAUACGAACAUGUUUGGAUCGACCAACAGUCAGCCACUUUUCGGAACUGCGUCAGGAUCCGUAACAACGUCAGAAACUGCUAGCAUAUUUAAUACCCCGACAACCACGGUUCCUUCGAUCUUCGUUCCAACGACUAACGUUGUGUCAUCAUCUGGCAACACAUCUAGGUCUAGUUUGUUCUCCAGUGCUAACAUUAAUUCAACUCCGAUCACCGCGACGCCUUCAGUAUUUGGUAGCGGUACCCCGAUUUUCGGCCAGACAAAACCAUCGACGUCUUUCGGAACGGCGAGUGGCAUGUUCGGUAGCACGACGACACCGUUGUUUGGCUCGACUACGCAAACCGGCACGACCGCGCCCGCGCAGACAUUUGGCAUCACUGGCAACGUCUCCACCAGUGCGAUCACGCCUACCUUCGACACUACGAAUAAUACCACGCCCGUGUUCGGAGCAUCUAGCGUAGGCACGACGACGAACGUACAGGCGACGCCAACCUUCGGUACAACCGGAAUAUUUGGUUCAACCGAUAAUAACACACCAUCAGUUCCCCUAUUCGGAGCAAACACUACUCCGGCUACCGAAGCCUUUAGUAUCUCCUCGGCAACGAGUACUUUCGGCACGCAGAAUCCAUCUACUCUCGCAUUUGGUGCCGCAAGCGGUGGGACCACGUUCGGUGAUAACAAAUCUCUAUUUGGAACGACACCCGCGACCAGCACGAGCUUUGGCACAUCUAAUCCGCCUGUGUCAGCCUUCGGGGCUAAUAACGCUAAUAAUGCAAAUAGUAGUACAAAUAAUAUGUUUGUCUUCGGAAACACUCAGAAAGACGGGCAACAGAACACAACGUUUUCCUUCGGAUCCAACUUCAACACUGGCAGCAAUAAUUCUACAGCUACAUCAGCUGCUCCGUUCCAAUUUGGAUCUCCAUCUACUAAACCAGCAACAACGGGAUUCAACUUCACUACAUCGUCGGCAGUUCCUACUCUCAAUUUCGGAACCACGGCUGCGCCGACCUUUAAUCCUUCGACUCCCGGCAUGUUCAGCAUCGGAAGCGGAUCUACCGCGCCGCGAUCCAGAACAAUUCGCACGCGAAAACCGAGAUGAUGGAGAAUGUAAUUGCCGCCUGUUCGAGUACAUAUUUUCGUUGAAAUAUAUAUUCCCAGUGUUUUUUCAAUUACAUUCUUUUAUAUAUGUAUAUGUUGUGUGUGUAAAAAAACAUUCGACAUGCGUAUGUCGUAUUUCGAUAUUUAAUAUAAUUUGAUAAAUAAAUUACAUGACAGACAGAUUGCACAUAUUGUGGAGUACUAGGCGGUGUGUGAUCAUGUUUUUAAAAUACGUUUGGUGAUGGUUGCUAAGUAUAUCUCUACUUUGUAUAUAGUAUGUAUCCUAUAAUAUCAUAUAUAGGAUGUGUUUUAGCUAAUCUGAUCACCUGUAAUAUGUUAGUUAUUUUUGGUAGUGUGGAAAAAUAAGUAAAAGAGUGAAAGAAAUUUUGAUCCAAAGAGACAAAUAUGAUUGUCAUAUGUGCAAACCAAAAUUUUUUUAUUCUUCGUAUAAAAACAUUAGACAAUUG